GUGGUACAGCUUCAGCCAGUGAAGGCAGUUGUACACAGAGAUGCUGGGCCAGAGGCUGCAGUAACUGAAGGGCUUGUUGCAGUAUUUUGGUGAUAUUUGUGAAGAUGCGGAUGGAUGUUGAGAGGAAACAGUAGCUACAAGACUCUCAAGAUAGCAUCAGAGGUUAUUGAAUUUUCAUUGUGCGUAACAGGAAAAGCCUUUUCACCUGGCUGCCUUUGAAGAAGUACUCAGACUGCCAUGGCCUCUAAAGAUUCACAGAAUCAGAAGCCUGGAGGUCUGCCUGGUUUUCUUCCUGAAGUCAUAAAUCCAGAUCAGCACUCUAGAGCAGCUUCUUCCCAUCCCAGGAAACAAGCAAGGCAGAAGCCAGAUGCCCCUCAGCCAAGCAGUUUCCUGCCAAGAGCCAGCCUUCCCCCUGGUCUAGAAUAUUUAAGCCAGUUGGACCUGAUAAUCAUCCAUCAGCAGGUGGAACUUCUCGGGAUGAUACUCGGAACUGAGACUUCCAACAAAUAUGAGAUCAAAAACGGCUUGGGACAAAGAAUUUACUUUGCAGUGGAGGAAAGCAUCUGUUUUAACCGUAAUGUAUGUUCCACACUGAGAGCCUGCACCCUGAGGAUCACAGACAACUCAGGUCGAGAGGUGAUUACAGUGAACAGGCCCCUAAGGUGUAACAGCUGCUGGUGCCCUUGCUAUCUACAAGAGCUAGAAAUCCAAGCCCCUCCCGGUACUAUAGUUGGUUAUGUUGCACAAAAGUGGGACCCCUUUCAACCCAAAUUCACAAUCCAAAAUGCAAACAAAGAAGAUAUUUUGAAAAUUGUUGGUCCUUGUGCAACCUGUGGCUGUUUUGGUGAUGUGGACUUUGAGGUGCAAACUGUGGACGAAAAGCUUACGAUUGGGAAGAUUUCUAAGUACUGGUCUGGAUUUGUCAAUAACGUGUUCACAAAUGCUGACAACUUUGGGAUACAUGUUCCUGCAGAUCUCGAUGUGACACUCAAAGCAGCAAUGAUUGGUGCUUGCUUUCUCUUUGAUUUUAUGUUCUUUGAACACUCACUUGCUGGAUUAUAACAAGCAUGAUGACGAAAACAAUAAAAUAUGCAGAGCACAUUUCAGUAAGUAAAAGACAAGUUUAAAUGGUCUCCUUCCUUUGAAGAUGUCUAUGUUUGACACUAUCUAAUUCUUUUUCAUUUUCUUCUAGAUGUCCCUUGGGCUCUGAAUUUAAUUUCUGAAUGGUUUUAGUAUUUGAAUUUUUAUAACUAAAUGUUAAUUAUUAUAUUUAUUAAAACACAGUGUAAUGAGACCAUUACCUGGUUGUGAAUGCAUGAUAGCUAAAUACGCAAUUACUAAGCAUGAGUACAAGGUUACUUUGAGAGAUUAUCAUUCUCUUUUCAUCCUUUUGAAGUUACUGCAAUGGUAAGCAUGAAAGAUGAGCGCUAAGGCUUGCAGCAUCACUGAUGGGAAUUCAGUGUUUAGAGAACACUUUGAAGUGUUUCUGGUACUAAGGGUGGUUACUAAUCAAAAGGCUUGAAUUUCUAAAAUAUCUUUUCAAAAGUAGUUCCUUUUGACUUUCUUAAUUUUUUUUAAAUUUUCUCAUGUAGUCUUAACAAAUUACAUUGUAAUCACUAUUUUAUAAUGCAUCUUUCCACAUUUUUUGAGAGAGAAACUCAUACCCCCCAGACUAUGUUAAUUUUCUUAUUUUAGUAAAUGUAUUUUAUUUAUAUUGGAAAAGAUGGAGAUAGAUAUAUAAUAUGUGUAAAGAUCUGGAGGAAGAUAGAUAGCUUCUAUUUCUUGAAGUAGCAGAAGCACAAUUAUAUUCUAUAAGGCAAUUAACUAAAGCAUGGAGCAGAAGUGUUCCAAAGAUUUAAAUAGCCAUACAAAUAAACUCUAAAUUAGCAAAAGCAGUAUUAUCAAUCAGGAUUUUAUCUCACUGCUAUGAAGUUGCUGCCAGUUAAAAGACCUGAGACUUCAAAAUGAAAAGUAGACAACUCUGGAAUUGAAAACAAACACACAAAACCAAAGGAGUCCAACCUGAAUCCAUGCAGCAGUGCAGAGGGAAGGAAGCAUAGUAAUGUGACUGAUUCAGAAUCCCCAUGAUACUGGGUAGCCCUCCUGAUUCCUAUCCCCUAUUUGUCCAUAUGUUUCCAAAGCCCUCCAGCCAGCCUCCACCUCCUGAACAUUACCAAACAGGGCCUCAGUUGGGAACCAAACCUUAGCAUACAUGAGAGACAUUCUCAUCCAAACCACCACCUGAGGUCAAGGCCAUACUGGGCUGCAAAAUCAUGCUCCAUCUGAACCCCACAAGCCCAAAAAUAAAAACAAAGGAAAUUAAAAGAAAUGUCUUAAUUGAACUGAAGCUGGUAUGCAGUAUCUGAUGCUCAGUGAUUUUAUGAAAGAUAUCUCACAUUGUCUUGCAGAUGUACAUACUUUUGCAAAAAUUAGUCUUUGUUUGAUUCAAUAAGUUUAAUGCUACUUUUAAUUGUUAUCCAUUGGCAUGAUAAGUAACACGAAUUGCUAAAUGGUCUUAUUAAUAAAAA